GCAGCGUCUGCGCCAGUCGUAUGAGUAUGAGUCGAAGACACAGUGUAAUCUUCACUGGUCUUGAUGCUAGGAGAGCCAGUCAGGCCCCUAGUAUGUUUGAUACCAGCAGUGCAGACUCCGGACAAAGCCAGAGUAGCAAAAGUCCUGGAUCAAGCCUACAUGCCGAUGGUAAACAAGAAACUAUCGAAAGGACAUUUACUCGAAAAACCAGCCAGGAUUUAUAUACUUACACUGACGAAGAGGUUGACAACAAAGACACUAGUAAUCCUGCCAGUGAUCCUGUUCCACCUGACUCCAUAAACGCGAAUGAUCCUGCUAGUGAACCCCUUCCACCUGACAACAUAAACGUGAAUGAUCCUGCUAGUGAUCCUACUCCAGCUGGCUAUACUGACCAAGAGGGGAGCCAGAGAGACACCGGCCAUGUCGCGACUGACCACCAAGAGACCCCCAGCUGUGUUCUUGACUGCAGCCACAGGGAGCACGACGUAGAAUGUGACAUUUCUGCCCCUCCAGGUGUGAGACGCGUCACCAGUGGGACAAACAAACGGGUGGUUACCCUCAACGCUCUAGGUAAUGAGAAAAGAUACUCAAAAGAUACAGCAGCUCCUACUUCCUCGUCUGAGAUCGUUCAAGGUGUGUACCUGCACAUAAUGGCUGAUGCUCUGGGCAGUAUAGGAGUCAUCGUCUCCUCGACCCUCAUCAACUGGUUCGGCUGGGUCAUCGCUGAUCCUAUCUGCUCCAUGUUUAUAUCCGCACUGGUCAUCCUGAGCGUGAUUCCACUACUGCAGGAGUCGAUGGGUAUCUUGAUGCAGAGAACACCAGUGGCACUAGAUGAAGUGCUGCCCCGCUGUUAUGAUAGGGUUAGUAGCUUAGAUGGGGUGUGCAGCAUACAGCAGCCUCACUUCUGGACACUGUGCAGCGACGUCUAUGUGGGCGCCUUGAAACUGGAGGUGGAGCCUGACGCGGACAGUCAGGACAUUCUUCACCGGACUCGUCUCAUCUUCUAUGAGGUUGGAGUCAAGCACCUGUACGUUCAAAUCGAAGAAGCAGCUUUAUCUAUUUAA